AUGAAGCUCCUCUCCUCUGCCCUGCUGCUGACCGCAGUCGCGGUCUACGACACCUGCGCCCGUGGCUUGCAGCACGUCGGCAAGCUCCAAUCCAACUACGUCGAUCCACACCAACGUGCUGCCGAACGAUCUGCUCGUCUCCUCGCCAAGACGCAGACCAACUCUGCUGUCACCGACUCCUUCAUCCAUCUUAACGACAAGACACGACCCUUCUCCGUCAAUGGCACUGGAGUACCCGAGAUCGACUUUGACAUCGGCGAGUCGUACGCCGGUCUCAUGCCGAUCAGCAAGGACCCUAACGAGACGCGCAAGCUGUACUUCUGGUACUUCCCUUCGAAGAACCCGAAGGCAACGGACGAGAUCACGAUCUGGAUGAACGGUGGACCUGGAUGCAGCAGUCUCGAAGGUCUGUCGCAAGAAAAUGGACCGUGGCUGUGGCAGUACGGCACGUACAAGCCUUUGCCGAACCCCUGGACGUGGCAAAACUUGACCAACAUGGUUUGGGUCGAACAGCCUGUCGGAACCGGUUUCUCGCAGGGCAAGCCGAACAUCACCACCGAGGCACAACUGGCCGAGGAGUUCAAAGGCUUCUUCCGAAACUUCGCUGAUACGUUCGACAUCAAGAACCGCUCCGUGUACAUCACCGGUGAAUCGUACGCCGGUCAGUACGUCCCCAACAUUGCCAGCAGCAUGUUGGACGAGAAGAACAAGGAGUACUUCGACGUCAAGGGUAUCAUGAUCUACGAUCCCUCGAUCGCCAAGGAUUCGCUUUUGGAGCAGGUUCCUGCAGCAGCGUUCGUCGAUUACUGGGGAGGUCUUUUCCCCUUCAAUGAUACCAUCAAGGCUCAGAUCAAGGACAUGGAUUCCAAAUGUGGCUACACAAAGUACCUCGAGGAACACCUCGUCUACCCUCCCAAGGGCAAGCUUCCCGAUCCUCACCCUACAACCGACGAAUGCGACAUCUUCGAUUUCAUCUACAACACCAUCUUCGACGUCAACCCAUGCUUCGAUAUCUACCAGGUGGCUACGACCUGUCCAGUGCUGUGGGACAUCAACGGUGGACCCGGAUCCGGCGACUACUUGCCUCCUGGAGCUUCGCUCUACUUCAACCGAACUGAUGUCAAGAAGGCCAUCAACGCACCCGUCGACACCACCUGGCUCGAGUGUUCCGCAGGCAAGGUGUUCAACACCAAAUCCGGACUCGAUCAGGGAGCUGAAAAUGGCCAGUACUCCUCCACCACCGUCCUACCUGGCGUGAUUGACCGCGUGGAUCGUGCCAUCAUCGGUCACGGAAUGCUCGACAUGGUGCUUCUCAUGAACGGAACCUUGCUCGCCAUCCAGAACAUGACCUGGGGUGGUCAGCAGGGUUUCCAGUCUCCCAUCACGGACGACUUUUACGUGCCGUUCUACAACGAAUACCAAGAAGGCACUGUCGCUGCAGGCGGUACAAUGGGUAAAACUCACACCGAGCGUAAACUCACCUUCGUCUCGAUCAAUUUGAGCGGUCACAUGGUCCCUCAGUACCAACCCUCCGCCGCCUUCCGACACCUCGAGUUCCUCCUCGGAAGGGUGGACAGUCUCACCAGCAAGGCUCCCUUCACCUUCUUCGACAACGGUUUGGUGGCAGAGACAGGCAACUUUGACGCACGAUCCAUCCACGAGCAAGAAGAGCUGCAGAAGAAACAGCUACAGUAUCGUGGACUCGCUCAGCCGGAGAUCAGUCAGAUCAUCGCCGACUUUCUUUAG